AUGUUCCGCCACUCUGCGGCGUGGCGCAACAUCUUCGACGCGUGUUACGUACUCAACCUCGACCGCCGCACUGACCGCUGGGCGCAUGUUCAGCGGCAGAUCUCCCGCGCCAAGCUGGCCUCCUUCCUGCGUCCGCCGGCAAAGAUUACGCGUGUCAGUGGUGUGGAUGGAAGCACGCUCGACGUGGAAGCGUUGCACCAGGGCGGCCUCAUAACGGACCUCGGGUACAGUAGAUUUCUGCUCCCGAAUGAGGAGAAGCUCUUCGGGAUGGACCUGACACGUGGUGCGAUUGGAUGCGCGCUUGGGCACCGCAAGAUUUGGGAGACCGUUGCUGCCGAGCGCCAUGCGUGUGCGCUCGUGCUGGAGGACGAUGUGGAGUUCCACCACAAGUUCAGCAAGCUACUGCCGCCGCUGUGGGCAAAGGUGCCGCCUGACUGGGACCUCGUGCAUCUCGGCGGGCUCGACCUCCUCGCCAGCGGCAAGCCGCCACGUCCGUUCGUUGAUGAUGGCAUUCGCCUCGCGUAUCAGGGGCACCGCGAGCUUACCGCGUAUGUGAUUCACCACACGUCGGCGCAGCGCUGCCUCGAGCUGUCCGCACCAAUGACAUGGCAGGUGGACACGCAUAUCAGUAGCAACUUCAAGGAUGACCUGGCGGCGCAGGAUAAGUACAUUGCAGACCCCAAGACGUAUGUGUUCCAGCCGUCCCUGGUGAUACAGAUCACGUCGAUGGGAACCGAUGUGCAGAAGCGGCCUUCCGACAAUCCGCAGCUUGAAGAUGCUGCGCGGCGUAUGCGUGAGUUUGUUGGUGGCGGAACCUCAGUGCGUUGA